AUGACCACCGCAACUUUGACCACUCGAGGGCUGUCGGACGUGAAUCCAAAGAAGGUAUUUCUCUGGGGCAUUGGCCACUCUGGAGAGGCUUCAGAAGCCGCUGCUGUCUUUGACCGCCGCAUCGCCGGUGUCAUCCUCGUCAUGCCCUUGCAGACGGGCAAAUACGGCUACGAUAACUGGCCUGCCGGCGGCCGCUCUGCCUCGGAAACCAAGGCCGAUUUCUGGCGUUCUGGCCCGCCUGGACGCGGACCGCGCCGGCGCCAGCGAGUCGAUGCUCACCGACGAUGUUUCCUACUCGUGGUCCAAGGGCCGUUUUAUCUCGCCGAGGAGGGCGGCAGUGUGUUUGACAACAAGGUGGCCGUGACCUCGCUGCACCCCAUCUAA